AAAAAGGUUAAAAAGAGGAACCAGGGAAUAGAGAAUCAAAAGUGUGAGAGAAAAACCAUCAUUACAACCAUCACUCACCUCACUAGAAGCAUCCCACAUUGCAUCUUACAUUGCCCACAAAACCUAAAUCCCAAACAAAUCAUUGCUUCUCUCUCUCUCUCUCUCAAUCCUCAACUUCUCCAUAAACUCAAAUUCCAAACACACAGCUUCUCUCUCUCUCUCUCUCUAAACACACACACACAUAUAUAUAUACAUAUAUAGAUGCAUGGUUGAUAAGAAAGAUUUGUAGACACAAGAAAGGAAGAUUGAGAGCUUUAAGAGAGAAAGAAGAGCCUGGCUUGUGUUUCUUGAAAUGGGAAAAGGCUACAGAUUAGUAAUCAGUCUUCUUAUUCUUCUAUGUUUCCUCUUCUCAGGUACAAAUGCUAAUAGUACUGAACCAAUAGAAGAAGAAAAAGACAUAACAACACCGUUAGCCACAAACCCAACCACCACCGCACCAACCGUCGUUCCUAACUCCGACUCUGACGCUUCCGCCGUUGCCACAACGCCUCUAGCGAUUCCAUCGCCACCACGCGGUGCAGCCUACCCAGGCGAAAGCUGGUGCGUGGCGAGAGAAAACGCAGCAAAAAUGGCGUUACAAGCGGCUUUGGACUACGCGUGUGGGAUCGGUGGAGUAGACUGCUCGGAGAUCCAAGGAGGAGGAAAGUGUUAUAACCCAAACUCGUUGAGAGCACAUGCCUCUUUUGCAUUUAACAGUUAUUACCAGAAGAAUCCAAUCCCUAGCAGUUGCAACUUUGGUGGAACUGCUGUCACUAUCAGUGGUGACCCAAGUGUAGGAUCAUGCCACUUUCCGUCUACAAGGUGA